AUAUGGAAAUAUAGAACGACACCUUCUCCUUAUUGAUAAACCUUAAUCUCUCUUCUUCUUUCUCCUCCCCCCUCGAUUUUGUGUGCGAUGGAGCUUCGACCUCGCAACAAGACGAUUGUUACAUCGGACCAAGGUGUGAAUCUGGAGGAAGAAGAUGAAGAAGCUUAUGAUAUGUCUGCUUCAGAUAAUAAUGAUUCUACCGACUCUGAGUUUCAAGUUUCGGAUGAGGAGCAUGAUGAUGAUGAUGAUGGUAAUGAUGAUUUACCUGCCCCUGCACCUGUUCUUGCUAUCCCUGUUGCUUUCCAUGUACCUUUGCCAAAUGCAAACCACCAACCAAGAGGCACUAAAAGGAAAAGCUAUCAAGUAACCAGAGAGAAAGGCAAGCUCCUGUGGGAGAUUUGGGAGAAAGAAGACGAGAAAUGGGUGGACGAGCACAUGAAAGAUGACGUCGACUUGGACCACCAGCAGAACGCCGCCACCAUCGCUGAAACCGCCGAGCCGCCUCGUGAUCUGAUCAUGCCGCUCCUAAGGUACCAACGUGAGUUUCUAGCGUGGGCAACGAAACAAGAACGAUCAGUCUCGGGAGGCAUACUAGCUGACGAGAUGGGGAUGGGGAAAACCGUACAAGCCAUCUCACUCGUCCUCGCGCAACGCGAAGUCGACAGAGCUAGUUCCAAGAAAGCCGUCGGGUGCACGCUCGUGCUCUGUCCCCUCGUCGCCGUCUCUCAGUGGCUGAGCGAGAUCGAGCGUUUCACAUCCAAGGGAAGCACCAGGGUCCUUGUCUACCACGGUGCAAAGAGGGAGAAGAACGGCAACGAGUUCAAGAAGUACGACUUCGUGCUGACGACGUACUCCACGGUGGAGAACGAGUUCAGGAAGUGCGUGGUGCCUGGCAAGAAGCAGUGCGAGUACUGCAGCAAGUGGUUUCUUCCGAACAGGCUUGUGGCGCAUCAUGCUUAUAUUUGUGGGCCAUCGUCUGAGAAAGCGAAUAAACAUGGUGGUAAGAUGAUCAAUACGAACCCUAUUGCUGUCAUGCUAAGAAAGCAAGCCGAGGAGGAGGCUCAAGAGGGUAGUAGCAAGGUGAAGCGGUCUAAGAAGAAGAGUAAAAAACAAACACUAGAGGAAGAAGAUUCAGUGAAUAGAAAGAAGUCUGUUUUGUACUCUAUUAAAUGGAACCGGGUCAUCUUGGAUGAGGCUCAUUACAUCAAAGAGAGACGAAGCAACACUGCGAGAGCUGUUUUUGCUUUGGAGGCUACUUAUAGAUGGGCUUUGAGUGGUACUCCUCUCCAGAAUCGUGUUGGAGAGCUUUACUCUCUGAUUCGCUUCCUGCAGAUUAGUCCAUACUCUUAUUACUUCUGCAAGGACUGUGACUGUAGAAUUCUUGACUACACUACGCAUGCAGACUGUCACAGCUGCCCUCAUAAUGCAGUUCGGCAUUUCUGUUGGUGGAACAAGAAUGUGGCGAACCCAAUAACAGAGCCAGCUUAUGGAAACGAGGAGCGGGGGAAGAGAGCCAUGAUAUUGCUUAAAGACAAAGUUCUGAAAGACAUACUCCUAAGACGUACUAAACUGGGCCGGGCAGCUGAUCUUGCCCUUCCUCCUAGAAUCAUCACUCUGAGGCGGGAUACCCUAGAUGUAAAAGAGUCUGAUUACUAUGAGUCACUGUACCAAAACAGCCAAGCCCAAUUCAAUACGUAUAUCGAGGCUGGGACAAUUAUGAAUAACUUUGCUCAUAUAUUUGAUCUUCUCACCCGUCUGAGACAGGCUGUUGAUCAUCCAUACCUCGUGGUGUAUUCCAGUUCUGGAGGUGCUAAUGCUAACUUGAAUGAUGAUAACAAAAAGGAGCAUGAAUGUGGUCUCUGCCACGAACCGGCUGAGGACAAUGUUGUGACUUCUUGUGAACAUGUGUUCUGUAAAGCUUGUCUGAUUGAUUUCUCUGCAUCCCUGGGACAAGUCAGCUGUCCAACAUGCUCAACACUACUGACUAUGGAUUGGACUGCUAAAGCUGGCAUUGAGCAGAAGGCAAACAAGACAACGAUUAAAGGAUUUAGAGCCUCAAGCAUCUUAAACCGAAUCAAGCUCGAUGAUUUUCAGACUAGUACAAAGAUAGAGGCCUUGAGGGAAGAAAUAAGGCUCAUGGUGGAAAGAGAUGGGUCUGCUAAGGCAAUAGUUUUCAGCCAGUUCACAUCAUUCUUGGAUCUGAUCAAUUACACACUCGGGAAGUGUGGGGUUGGUUGCACCCAGCUGGUGGGAAGCAUGUCGAUGGCAGCUAGAGAUGUUGCUAUCAACAAAUUCAGGGAAGAUCCGGAUUGCAAAGUUUUCUUGAUGAGUUUGAAAGCUGGAGGGGUUGCUCUCAACUUAACAGUCGCUUCACAUGUGUUCAUGAUGGACCCGUGGUGGAACCCAGCGGUUGAGAGGCAAGCACAAGACAGAAUUCAUAGGAUCGGGCAGUACAAGCCAAUCAGGGUUGUGAGAUUCAUAAUAGAGAACACAGUGGAGGAAAAGAUUCUGAAGCUUCAAAACAAGAAGGAACUUGUGUUUGAAGGGACCGUUGGUGGUUCUCAGGAGGCCAUAGGAAAGUUGACAGCAGAAGAUAUGAGGUUUCUGUUUACCACCUAAGUUGAUCUAUUAGAACAAAAACCUUUUUUCUUUUGUAUGUAAGAUCAUAAGACGGAAUCAAAAUGGUUUCUUUUUUUGUUUUUUUUUCUAAACCUUAUAUCAAGAACAAACCAGUUGACUUCCUCUGUAUUUUUCUAAAAUGAACUUGAAACCU